CCCUCGUGGACUACGUGCAGAGAAAGCUAACUGGUGGUAGUCCAACGUCUGUGUAAUCGCCAUGUUUCCCACCGUUCUGUGCUUGCCAUUCAUUAUUCUUUUUGCGAGCAUUUCCGAUGCUUAUCUCCUUCCGCGAGACUCGGCCCCGGUUUGCACAAACCUCCGAGUCAAUUCAAACAAUGGCGAUCGCAAGAUCGCCCUGGUAAUCGACAGCUCUGGGUCUAUGGAAGAGUCAGAUCCUUACAAUUAUCGCCUCAGCGCUGCAAAAAUGGUCCUCGACUGGCUUAUUUCCAAGAGCGAGGUAACCAGUACCCAGAAGCAAGAUAAGGUCACCGUCAUCAACUUUGACGACGAAGCCUACCUGGACUAUCCACUUGGAGACCCCGAUGCGGCUGCCAGCUCGCUUGCGCAAAUCGGCGCAGAGGGGGGCACAUAUAUCGCCGGUGGUGUUCAAAUGGCCAUUAAACAACUCACCGCGGCCAACACUGGGGAUACCGCUGGUCGAAGUGGCAUCCUAGUCUUUACCGACGGAGAGGACUCGAGUACUUCAGAUCUUGUGGAUCAAAUUGAUCGUGCUACCAGCCUGGGUAUCAGAGUGGCAUUUGGGUUCCUGGACGACUCUUCCGGUCUGCAGGACACAGAUGUUCUUUCCGCGAUCAUGCACUCCGGCGGAAGAUAUUUUACCAUACAGAACUACAACGCUUCAAAGGAGUUUAUUGACGGCAUCAUCGUCAAUGGUCUUACCAAAAAUGACAACCCAGACGGAGAUACUACCACUUUGUUGGCUGGCCUCGAUGCGUCACACUUCAUCUCAGGCUCUGAGACGCAAACCAUGACUUACAGUGCAAGGGCCAAGGAGCAACUUACGUUCAAUGUUCAAAGCGUCAAUGCCGGCACCCUGGCGGUUCAAAUUGUUUCCGGGGGCAAGACCCUCGCCAAAGGCCAAGCGGACUACUAUUCCAGCUACUAUUCCAGCGGGUUCUCUGUCAUUGCUCCCAGUACCGACACGAUUGAUGUCAAGGUCACGGCCGACAAUGCCGACAAGAAUUCUAUCUUCGUCGUUGGGGUGACCUCGAACCUGCCACCAGAGAACUGCACAGUUGGCGUUGGCGACCCGCCGAAGGAAAACAACGUGCCCCAAAUUGUCGAGGGUACUGUUAGCAGCGUGGUUGGACUUCUCCUCUUGAGUGGCAUUGCCUAUAUAAUCUACAAAUACUGCUACAAGCGGCGUGGGAAACGCCAUCACUAUCACGACAAAGACCACUCCUCAGAUUGCUCGCAUGAUCCGAAGCACUCCACAACGACAACAGUACAAGAGACACCAGCUCCCAACCCGGACCGUGUACCUUGGUUCAGUUUCCCGCCGCCUCUGCCUCCGACCCAUCAUCACCCACCCAAACACACGAGGACUACUGAUGACCACGACCGCGACAUGGAUGAAGACUCGGGUUCAGAAGCUCCCAGCGACGACAGCUGUGAUAACCAGUCGCUGUUCUCGAACCCCCCGGACAAGUUGAACGAUGGCGGGCCACCCUGCCACAACGGCAAUCCGCCCUCCUCUCAGCCUCCUUGCCAAACCAGCAACCCUCCAUACCAGAACGCUAGCCCGCCCAGCCAGCCGUCCUGUCCCAACCAACCGCCAAAUCCCAAUCAGCCAUCCCAUCCUAGUCAACCGUCGAACCCCAAUCACCCGUCCUAUCCAAACCAGCCGUCGCAUCCAAGCCAGCCCUCGAACCCAAGCCAUCCUUCCAACCCCAAUCAGCCCUCCAACCCACAGAACCCCGACCAGCCCGAUGACCACGAGCACUACCCGCACGCACACAUGCGGCUCCGGACGUACGGGGACAACCACCACCACCACAUCGCGGCAGAGCACCCGUGCUGGCACAAGAAGUGCCCCAUCGCGGCCGCGACGCACGUGUGCGCCGCCGCCGACGACGGCAACCCGAGCCACCACCCCUGCACGUGCGUCGACCCCAAAUGCCCGCUGAACCGGCGGCGGCACCGGUGCCGCGACGAACACAUGCCGCACACGUGUCCGGGACCGGACGUCGAGCCGCGGUGCCCGCUGAACGACCCAGAGUACGCCCGGCGGAAGAAGGAGGAGCGCGACGCGCUCGUGAGGAAGUACAGGGCGCGGGAUUUGGCGACGGGCGGUGCGAAGGCGGCGGCCUCGAUGGUCGCCCAGGCCGCGGUGAUGUCACAAAUCUAAAACGCGGUUGAGAGGGGAGGCGCGAGAGGAUUCUAUAUGUGUAAACGACCCUGAUAUGGUUGAAAUGGAGCUACCUAUUUCAACAUGCUGGAAUGGCAGUAGGUGGAUGGCAGUAGGUGCAUAACAGGAGUGGUAAUGAGUGUCUUAUGAGUACGUGUAUUUUUUAGCUUGACGGUGACAGAGCUCAUACGCACUGCCUAGGGAUCUUAAAUUUGGGAGUGGGAUUGAUUUUUGACGAUCUCGCAGCGCUUACUUCACGGAGUUAUCACCAGGAACAAAAGACUGCCAUAGGGGACAAGCAUGCAUAGAACGGAG